AUGAGGGCUUUGCCGGAGACUGUCCCGGGCAGAGGAGCCACGCGUCGCGAGCGCCUGCGCCUCUCAAGGAAACGCCAGCGCGCCGUUUCUCCCCUGCCGCUGGAGUUUGCGGCCGGCUUCGGCCCUUUCCCGCUGGGGUUGCUCCUGCUGGAGGGGACCGAGCGGGCGCUGUCUGCCUCGUCAGGCAGAGGCUCCUCCGCCCAGAACGCCUUUGGAUCUUCCAGCAACGCAGAGGACGGGUCGAUUGAUUCUGCUGAAUCUCCCCCGUUCCUGAGGUUUGGGGAGGUGUUGCUGUGCAGCCUCGGUGGUGCAGAAGCCGCCCCCGCACGCCGCCUUCCCAGGCAAGGCCUGUCCUGGCACAAAGCAGACGUUUCCUCAGGGGAGACUGGUGGGGUACUCCUGGCCUGGGCUGGGCCAUCCCCCUUGGCUGCCCUGGACGUCCAGGGUUGGCGGACCCCAGUGGACUGUGCCCGCGCCAACGAGCUUUGUGCCGCUGAGCCUGGCUGCAGCUCCAGUUACCGCACCUUGCGGCAGUGCCUGGCCGGCCGCGCCCACAGCACCAUGUUGGGGAACAGGGAAUGUCAGGCAGCGCUGGAGGUGCUGCAGGGGAGUGCGCUCUAUGGCUGCCGCUGCAAGCGCCGGAUGAAGAAGGAGCUCUCCUGCCUGCAGGUUUACUGGAGCACCCACCUCGGUUUGGCAGGGGGUGAAGAGUUUUAUGAAGCUUCCCCUUAUGAGCCCAUCACCUCUCCUCUCUCUGAUGCGUUCAGACUUGCCUCAAUUGUCUCAGGGACAGACCCGGUAGCCAGCUCCAGGAGCAACCACUGCCUUGACGCAGCCAAAGCCUGCAACCUGAACGACCACUGCAAGAGGCUCCGCUCUGCCUACAUCUCCACCUGCAACAGAGAUGUCUCUGCCGCCGAGCACUGCAGCCGGCGAAGGUGCCACAAAGCCCUGCGCCAUUUUUUUGACCAGGUGCCCAGCGAGUACACCUACCGGCUGCUCUUCUGCUCCUGCAAGGACCAGGCCUGUGCUGAGCGCCGCCGGCAGACAAUCGUGCCCGACUGCUCCUACGAGGAGAAGGAGAAGCCCAAUUGCCUGGCCCUGCGGAGCCGGUGCCGGGUGGAGCCGCUCUGCCGGUCAAGACUGGCAGAUUUCCACACCAACUGCCAAGCCUCCCACCAGCUCCUCACCAGCUGCUCCAGGGACAACUACCAGGCAUGCCUGGGCUCCUACACCGGCCUUAUAGGUUUGGACCUGACCCCCAACUAUGUGGAUGCAAGCUUCAGCAGCCUGGUGGUCUCCCCGUGGUGCUCAUGCCGAGGGAGUGGCAACAUGGAGGAGGAAUGUGAGAAAUUCCUGAAGGACUUCACCGAAAACCCUUGUCUCCGAAAUGCUAUUCAGGCCUUUGGCAACGGCACGAACCUCACUUUCUCUCCCAAGUCCCCCCCGUUGCCUCUCCCCACCCCGCCUCCCACAAGAGGAAAGGGCUUGUCUUUGCUGUAUGACGUGAAUGACAGCAGCGUUGCCUACGACACAAGCAUAAGCACCACCUGCACCUCCACCGAGGAAAGUGGACCAACGAUUAACCAGUCCAAAGAGCAAAGUCUCUGCUUCUCAGAGAAAUCACUGGCCACAGCUCUCGUGCCAGAGCAGAAGACUUCUGUGGACACCAAGGGAUCGGGCAACCAACUUCCCUUCACAGGGACCCUCUCUGCUCUCCUCCUCUUCCUUGCAAAAAUGGCAGUAUAGAAGGAACCUGGCACAGGGCUUGCCAUGAGUGGGUGUGGAGAGGGCCGUGCAAACCCCCUUCCACCUGUAGACCAUCCAAUACCUGCCAGAACUCUUCCUCGGCUGUCGCCUUCUGGAGACUCUGCUCCCAAGGAGGCACCGCAACUCAUGUAGAAGCUUCUGUGAGACAGUGUUCACUGUGUAAGAGUCGCCAUGCCGUGCAUGGAGGCCCUUAGUAAAGGCACCUGGCCUGGGAAUCGAGACUCGGUCCUUUUGUAGGUUGUGCUCUUUCCAAGGGUCCCAGGCAUAGCCUGAGGUUCCACCAGGCUACAACAAAUGUGUAAAAGGGAUCCAAGUAAUGUCUUGGAAUUAGCUAGAAAAUCCAGUGGAGCUGGAGGCAAUGUGUGCACAUAAGAGGCAGUCAUUCCCCAUCUCCAAGCCUCCUCCCCAAUGCUUUUUGCUGCUUGAGAAAGUUCUAAGUCAGGUCUGGUUUCCAUUAAACUCAGAGGAUUCACAGAAGUGUCUGAACUUCACCUUAUGCACAUGGAAAGUGGGUGAGAUGCUCAAAGAGCUGGCAGCCUCCCUAGGCAGGAACAUUGAAGAGGUUGGGCUGGGCCUCCUGGACUGUCUGGCCUGAGGAUGCAUACAGCCAUGCCUCAUGGAACAAGGAGUAUGUUAGUGAGUUUGAUGGAGUUCCUUGUUCCACUGUUUCUUCCAAUUCGCCUGUCCAUCUUGCCCUCUUUUCUAGGAUUUUAAUAUCUGACAAAAUGAUCACCCCCUCUCUAGAAAGGUUACCCCAAUAUAGCGUGCUUUGGGACAACAGUCCUCCUGCCUUGGGUGGAAGCAGCCAGAUGUGGCAGAUUCUGUACGUUCCCCUCCCUGCCAUUGUCCUAUCAGGCAUAUCCAUUGGUGGUUUUUCCUGCUUCCUUUCAUGUUGCUUUUUCAAGUAUAAAAAUAACUAGAACAAAACAUGAAAUACGAAUAUUAUGAAUUUUCUAAAGCAUAACUGCAGCGGGGAGCCCCGAGCAGCCCCAUGGCCAGUGAAGAGGGGGUCAAAAGGCGAGCAGUGGAGCACUUUGCAGGUAAUGCAAUAAAGGUUUAUUGAGAGGCAA